AGGACUUUGCAAGAGUUUGUGUGCUGGUAUUUGCACUAUGUAACACUGUUCACGUUCUGAGAGCGGCAACACAGACUGCUACAAGCGGGGUCGGUAAAUACUGCAACGCAACAAUGGAUUGUUCCAGUGUAGCUAAUGCUACAUGCUCUAAUAACAAAUGUGAUUGUUCACCAGCCUUCAAAGUUAACGGCAUAAAAUGCUCUCCUAAAGGAUUAGGAGAUAAUUGUACAAAUGAUGCACAUUGUAUUGCUGUGAAUCAUUCAACUUGUGAUACUCCCACCAACAAUAAAUGUAUAUGUUCUGCGACACACAAAGCGGUCAGUGGUCAAUGUAUAAUAAAGGUCAUUGGUGCAACUUGUAGUGCGGGUAGUAAAGUUUGCAGUUUACAACAUUCAGAAUGUGCUUCUCCCGGCAAUAAGUGUGCAUGCAAGGUGGGCUAUUACAAUAGCAACGACCAAUGUUUGAAAGCUCUUGGUUCUGCAUGCGGAAGUGGCAAUGCAUCAACAGUUUGUACAACCCCAAACGCGGCAUGUAACACGACGACAAAACUAUGUGCUUGCACAGCUGGAUUUGUGGCGGAAGACGUAGCUUGUCCGAUAGCCGUUGGUCAAACUUGCAAAUCAGCGACAGAAUGUACUUCAAACGCAGAUUGCGAUGAUAAUAAAAAAUGUACAUGUAAAGAUGGACUCGAGAAUGUAAACGGGCUGUGUGCACCUUCAUCUGCCGCCAGGGAGCACAGACUUGCAGUUAGCAUCUUUGGUGCAUCUCUGUUGCUGACAAUUUUGAAAUUAUUCUAAGGAUUACUACUGGAAGAGAAAACAUUUAAACAAAGAGAGACAUUUGGAAAAACUGAUGUCUAGCAGAAUGUUUGCCUAUUUUGAAAAUGAUACGAAAUUGCUUUGAUGCCUGUCCCUAUAUAUCUGAAAAUAAUUAAUAUUUAUAGCCGUAUUAACUGAAGUGUUAAACCUUGCUUUGUCACUGUGCACACUACUGGACUUCUAUUCAUGAAAAUGCUUAUGUACUAUCAAGUCUUCUAGGUGCAAAACCUUGAAAUCUCCUUGCCUAUGGAUGGUUAUAUGCACAUUGUGUAAAACUGUACUGUUUCAAGGUUACAUCUGGAGACCACUAAUCUGGCUUCCACACAGAAAUUUAGGUCAUCUUUGAUUAUAUUGUUAUAAAAGCAUUCGCUAAGUCAGUCAAAUAAUCCUUCUACAGCGUCAGUCACGCAAAAAAAAAAAUAUGAAAAUUUAAAGAAGCUACGCUUUGUAACAUAUUCAGAUAACGUCUUUGCUAAGUUUGUGCUUAUUCAAGGUGUCUUAUUUUUCUAAGAUAUUCGUUUUUGUUACAAAUCUGUUACACAACUGGAACUACAUACUUUCCUGCUUCAUUUUGUAUUAAAACUUAGUUUUAAUAGUGUUUUAUGGAACAAUAUUUGAAGUAAAUGAAUGUUUUUAGCCUUUAUUGAUUUUUUCAAGUAGACAUUAAUGAUGUUUUCCAUAUAUUAUUUUAAACAAGAAUUGGUAAUACACUGAGUAGGGUUAACACAUAAUUCAUUACAGAUAUUGUAAUAUUGUAAUUGCUAUACCAUGCAACAAUAUUUAAAUCAAGAAAUAUCAAGAUUUUUUCAGGAUUUUUGUAUUUUGUAUAUUUGUUUGUAAAAGUAGUCUUGAACAACUGUUUUGCUUUCAAAUGAGUCUCUUGUUUAAAUAUGUGAAUGCGUUUCAUGCACUGAAUUGCGCUCCUGGUUCAAAUGGUCCUUCUACUGUGUGAAACUGGCCUGUAGAUGGUUGUUGAGUAAUACGCACAAUGUGGUGCAAGCUAAAGAUAAAUAUCAUAUAACCAAUAUUUUUCCGGACUUGAACCGGCUUUAUGAUCUAGCAAUAAAACUGGUAAGGUCUUGGUAACCGGAAAAUUCGAAGAAAAUUUCACCCCUAGAACAAACUAUAAAAAUGAUUCAUAUAAUUAUGAUUUAUAAAUUGAAGUUUAAUUUAAAAACGAGGCUCAUAUGCACUGUGGGUAUUAUUCCCAUCGAAAGCCUAAUGAACAUGAUUAAACAAUGUUGCUCAUUUGAAAAUAGAUCUAUAUCUAGUUAUUAAUCGUUUAUGGAAUUGCCAACAAAUGCAAAAUCACGAAACUUUCGAACUACUUAUGAAAUCUACAAAUCGAAUAUCCAUGGUAUCGUUAAUAU